CCGGGUGGUGGGGGGACCACAGGAUGUCGGGCUUGGAACCGCUCAUGAUUCAGAAGCUAGUAGGUUUUCAGGGAAGUUUAACCUCUCCAGCCUGAAAAUACGGCAGAAUAUCACACAAACGAGCACAUGAACAAAGUGCAUGGACUCAAUGUGCACAAAAGAGUUUCACGGGAUCCCUUCUGUCAGGCAUGAAGCGUUGCACUGGACUAAAAUGUUGGAGCGGCACCAGGGAGGGCCCCCGGCUACAAACACUCUGACACACACAGCACAUCAGCUCAUGCGAUGGUCCUCAGUUUAUCUCAGUCUGGUUUAUAGGGACCCGGGGUUCCGCGGAGAAAUGCCUCUCAAAGAGCUGACUGGACUACAAACACUGGCUGCAGCUAAAUGAGAUUCGAGGAUGUUGCUGAAGGGAAACCUGAGCAGAGGAGUCGGGGUCUGCCUUCUGCUGCUGGCUCUCCUACACAAGGCCACAGGCCAGAGGAGAAAGACAGGGCGCAGGAACAACUACAGGCUGCAAGAUGAGGGAAGAAAUGGUCUGACAUGUUCACUGGAAGUGGCGUUCAUCCUGGACAGCUCUGAGAGCGCAACCAUAUCACUGUUUGAGAAACAGAAGACCUUCGUGUUGAGCUUCAGCACCCGGCUCGCCAUGCUCCAGGUACCCGGCUGGACGAUGAAGGUGCGGAUGGCUGCACUGCAGUACAGCAGCACUGUGUCCAUAGAGCACAGAUUCUCAGCCUGGAAAGACCUGGACUAUUUUCACGGUCAAGUCAGCACCAUGAACUACAUCGGUCACGGCACCUAUACCACCUACGCCAUCACCAACGCCUCACAGCUGCUGGUGCAUGAGACCUCAAAGGACAGCGUGAGGGUGGCGGUGCUAAUGACAGAUGGAGUCGAUCAUCCCCGUAACCCUGAUGUGAUUGCAGCUGCUGUGGAGGCCAAGGGUCAUGGCAUAAAGUUCUUUGCUGUUGGGCUAUCAGAUAUUGCCCAGCAGAAUAUUGCCAAGCUCCGGGCCAUCGCCAGCACACCUGCUCAGCAGUUUGUCCAAAGUAUGCUCGACUCUCAGCUGGAAGAGAAGCUGCUCAAAGAGAUGGUUGCAGUUGCAUAUGAAGGGUGUCCACAGGCCCAAGUAUGUCUGUGUGAAAGAGGAGAGAGAGGUCCUCCAGGAAGUCCUGGUAGAAAAGGAGACCCAGGCUUCAGAGGGCCAGCUGGUCAAAAAGGAGCGAGGGGGGAGCCUGGGCUGAAUGGCACACCUGGAAGUGAUGGUCCACCGGGCCGCACAGGUUACAAAGGCAACAAGGGGGACAGAGGAGACUGUGGCGCUCCUGGGGAAAAGGGUGACACUGGCCCAGAGGGUCCUCCGGGCCCACAAGGACCAAAAGGAGCACAGGGAGCACCAGGACCACCAGGGGAAGUGGGUCCUGAAGGCCCAUCGGGUUCUAAAGGAGACAGAGGACCCAGCGGUGCACCUGGACAACCAGGAGACAUUGGUAUCGGAUUCCCAGGAGCCAAGGGUGACAAGGGUAAUCAGGGAAGACCAGGUCCAGCAGGUCCUCCGGGGAUAGGUGAACCAGGACUCCUGGGACCCCAAGGAUCACCUGGAACACAAGGAAAUCCUGGACCUCCUGGAGAGGGGUUUCCAGGACCAAAGCAUGAGAAUGAUCCCAUGUAUGCAUCCAGUGCAAUAAAAGCAUAUCUGAAUAGAAAAGCACACAGUGGAACGCCUGGAAUCAUGGAUUGGCCUCCUCAAAGCCCAGACCUCAAAAUGAUUGUAGCAGUGUGGGAUCAUCUCUACAGAGCAUGGAACAAAGUGCAGCCAGCAACCAAAGAAGAGUUUGGGAAAAGAAACAGACUAAUUUAUAUUUUAAAAAAUGUACAGAUCAGUGGUGAUCGAGGAUAUGAAGGUCCAAAAGGAAGUCGAGGGCUUCCUGGUAUUGGGAUCAAAGGUGACAAGGGCAAUUUUGGGCCACCAGGAAAUCAAGGUCCAGUUGGUGCUCCUGGUCCAGGACUUCAAGGAGAAAAGGGAGAUCAGGGUCCAGCUGGGCCUCCAGGACCCAAAGGAGCUCCAGGUGUUGGAAUAGCAGGACCAAAGGGGGAUCAGGGCCUCUCAGGUGAGCCAGGACUACCAGGUGAGCGAGGUGUUGGAGAACCAGGGCCCAAAGGUGACCCUGGAGCUGAGGGGUUAUCAGGUAUACCUGGUCAGCCAGGAGAGGAUGGAGUCCCAGGACCAAAGGGGGACCUUGGGUUACCGGGGCCCCGGGGAGCUGAUGGAGCUCCUGGUAAAGGUGUCCCAGGAGAGAAGGGAGACAAAGGGGACCGGGGGUCCAGAGGCCAGCCAGGUGCAGUCGGUCCUGUGGGGCCAAUGGGCCCAAAGGGCCAACCAGGAAUUAUCGGGCUACCAGGUCCAGCUGGACUUACUGGCAGGGGUAUAGCGGGGGCCAAGGGAGAACCAGGUCCACAAGGUCCACCCGGAGCUGUGGGAGACCCGGGAAUUGGUUCACCUGGAUCCAAGGGUGACAGAGGGCCACAGGGGCCCCCUGGGCCACCUGGACUAAAAGGAGAAGGUUUCGCUGGCCCCCCAGGACUUCCUGGGCCUCCUGGCCUGAUGGGAGAGACUGGACCAGAUGGGAUUGGUUUACCUGGAACAAAGGGAGAAAGAGGCUUGCCUGGGUCUCCUGGACCUGCUGGGCCACCAGGAAUCGGGUUACCUGGUCCAAAGGGUUCAGCUGGCCAAAUAGGACCACCUGGUCCACAGGGGUUACCUGGAGAAGGGUUACAAGGACAAAAGGGCGAGUCUGGAUUUCAGGGGAUGCCCGGCCCCAGAGGUCCUCCAGGACAAGGUCUGCAGGGCGAUAAGGGGGACCGAGGGUUCAGAGGUGAGAAAGGCAAUAAGGGAGACAGAGGGGAACCUGGAGAGACUGGCGUCAUCGGACCUCUGGGCAAAACAGGACAGAAGGGGGAACCUGGACUUACAAGGGAUGAAAUCAUCAAAAUAGUAAAAUCCAUCUGCAGUUGUGCAGUGACGUGCCGCCAGACACCCUUGGAGCUCGUCUUUGUGAUCGACAGCUCAGAGAGCGUCGGCCCUGAAAACUUCAACGUGAUCAAAGACUUUGUGAACGCCCUGAUCGACCGCGCCUCGGUCAGCCGGGACAUCACUCGUGUUGGCGUGGUCCUCUACAGCCACAUCAACAUGGUGGUGGUCAGCCUCAGACAGGAAGCCACCCGCGAUGAGAUCAAAUCUGCUGUGCAUUCCAUGACCUACCUGGGCGAGGGCACGUUUACAGGCAGUGCCAUCCAACAGGCCAACCAGGUGUUCAAGGCAGCCCGGCCAGGUGUAAGGAAGGUGUCGAUCAUCAUCACCGACGGACAGGCCGAUAAGAGGGACUCGAUCAGUCUGGAGAGCGCCGUGACAGAAGCCCAGAGAAGCAACAUUGAGAUGUUUGUGAUCGGAGUGGUGAACAAAAGCGAUCCACUGUACAAAGAGUUCAAGAAGGAGCUCAACUUCAUGGCCACUGACCCCGACAGCGAUCACUUGUACCUGAUCGAUGAAUUCACAACACUUGCAGCUCUGGAGAAAAAACUUUUGAGUCAUAUCUGUGAAAACGGAGAGAGACGCUUGUUUAGCUCCAUCCCGAGCUCGGGGCUUCCUCCAGGAAUCCCAGAAGUCUCCAGCAAUGCUCGAGAACCGCCAUACAGGACAGACACGGACACACCCACUUUCACUGGAGACUUCAGGAGAGUCCAGAAAAUGCCCGGCCCUCCUGGUUCAGACCCCGACGGUGAGUCCACCUCUAGAAAGAGGCCGGCGACGAACAGUAGGACCACCUUAGAAACUCAGAGGCUUCCGUUCUUCGACAGGGAGCCCUUCAGGCCGGUAACAGAGUUCCUUCCACAGUUUGAUGUGAACAACCCCACACACGAUGUGGUGAUGACCGGAGCCAUCGGGCCAGCUGGUCCUACUCUGAAGACUCCGCCUGAGGAGAAGAUACCACCGGGACCAACUCUGCCCCCGCUGCCCUCUGACACCUACCUAUCAGCCGAGCGCUGCACCCAGACCCUGGAUCCAGGACCGUGUCGGGACUAUGUGGUGAAGUGGUACUACGAUCCCACGGCGAAUUCCUGUGCUCAGUUCUGGUUUGGAGGCUGCUUAGGGAAUGAGAACAAGUUUGAUACUGAGAAGAGCUGCAAAGAAGCCUGUGUCAAGGCCUGACAUGCACAUGCCUGCAGUCACAAACACAUAAAAUGCUUAGAAAAGAUUUUGAUUCAAAUUCGUACGACGAGAUUUACCAGAAAGUUCACUUCAGUAAGUAAGUACUCUUGUAGUUACUUUGACAUGGAUAGAUAAGCAGCUAAUGUUAGAAAGCAUCAUUAAAUCAAACUUAAAUGUAGUGGACUACUUAUUUGUGGUAUUUUUCUUCAAACAAAGAAAAAGAGGAAACAAUUUUUAUGUCACUUCGGAGCUCUUCUGUUAAAAUACCACUAACUUCUUUAAGAACAAGAAAAUGUAACUCUUUUUUAUAAUGCAAUGUUUUUUAAUGAUACUUUUUAUGUGUAUGUUUAUUUUUAAUACCGUAUAAUGUCAUUAAAAGAUCAAAAUAAAAGUGUACUUUUUAAUCAUGUACAUCUAAGCUAACUGCUCUUAUUAAAUGGCUCUUAGUUUAAGGUUUGUGCUGAAUAGACACGAUUUUUCUCCCUCUCCAAAUACACACAAAAAACAAAGAAAUAAUGCUUCACUGGCGCAUUUUUAGAUUAAAUAUUUAAUUUGAGAUGUUAAACAAAGAGACUUAACUGCUGGGGAACUGGAACCUUUCUUAAAAUCAUCCCAUUUUCAUGGGAUCAAACAUAACUGACGACACGGGUGUGGGCACACUUCAUAAAAUAAACUCAUCUCUGGGCAAUUCUUUGUUUGAAAUUUCCACUUGUAAGCUAAAGCCAUGAAUGCACAAGUAGAAAAGUAAUCAUAAUGCAAGUGAUAGAUUAAAAAAAGCGAGGAGUGGCCAAAGCAGCAUGUGUUUCAGACUUCCUUCAUGAAGUUUUAAAAAUAAGAAAUUUCAAUAAAAUCUAAUCAAAUUUGAGUCUUUUGCAUCAGUUGGUUAAUUUCAAAUCUAUUGUGUGUAACAUAGAGAACCAAGUAUAUUAAAACCAUCUUUACCUUCCAAACAUUUGACCGUACCCACCCAUUAAAGAGGGAAUCAUUAAGCUCCGAGCUGCCGCAGCUAAUUACUCUGCCGACAAUUUCCCCUGAUCUUGCUAAACAAGAUCGAAAACAAAAAUAACAAGAACACCGACAAGAAGCAGAUGUUCUGCUGCUGAAGUUGAGAGGAUUCACCUCCCAUAAGAAGCACAAUUGGAAGAUGACUCAGCUCAAGACACUUCCUACAAGCCAAAGUUUCAAAUUGGACAUGAUUACAUGUAAUUACGGAGGAGAGGCUGCUCUCAGAACAAUGCAUCUUCAGCUUGAGACAAAAAAAAAAAUCAUAUGGAGUGCCCAUUUAGCUGUAAGGCUUCUUCUUGUUGACUUUGGGGUGACAUCUCCAGAGAGAUGUAAAUGGCUGGUUGUGCUGGGCGAGCGUGGCAGGUAUUAUUUUGCAUCACUGCUGCCGUCAGUACCAUAUUGUGCUAAAGUUAAUUAAAUGGUAGAAAAAGCAAA